AUGAGGCAGAGCGCCCCGGACAAAUCCAGUGAGCGGUCUGCGGCAUGUGCCACCUGUGGAAAGACGUUUGCCCGCUCCGACACCCUGCUCCGGCACGAGAAGAGCCAUCAAGCGACCGAGGACCGGGGCCCCGUCCAUCGGGUCACCCACGGCACAUUUCGAGCCUGUCGUGCCUGUGCUACGGCGCGGUCACGAUGUUCAGGUGGGAUGCCAUGUGGACGAUGUAAUGUCCGCAACAUCGAAUGCAGCUACCCCAAUAAGCGGCGGAAGGGCUCGACGCCGGGUGAGUGCGCCAGAGUCGAGGAGGACAGACCACCGCAGCAAGCUCUAGGACAUUUCAGCCAACUGGUCUUCCCAGAGAGCGAGCCAGUCCAACACGUGUCCAAUGGCCACGCGAGGAAGUCACCUGUCUCGACGGUUUUGCCGGGCGCAGUCCCCGGCGCGGUGCCGGUGAACUCGUCCUUUAUACAGCCAGGCUUUCCCCAAGACUACGCUGCCGGCAACAUUACAGUCCCCCACAAUGAACAGACGUCUAUGGAGGUGGCCACGAUCAACUCUACCCCUAGUCAAAUGCUGCAGCCCGAGAACUUCGGGGACGUGCAAAUUCCAUCCCAGUUCAACCCCGGGUUUGUCGGACCUGCCUCCAGCUACGACUAUUCAGCAUUCGAUGAGCCUUUAAAUUGGAUCCCACCCAGCAUUUAUCCCUCGCCUUACGAUGCCGAGCUCGAACAGGACUUUUCCUUCAUCCUGCCCUCUCUGUCCGACACUCCCAACCUCGGCACGGAAUAUGGGAUGGCGGUCCCGCUCGACCCUGCAGCUCAGGUAUAUCAGGCGCCCACGAACGUGGCCCCAGAAAUGUCCGACAAUCAAGCAGUUUCAGCGUCCUUGAUGGCAGUGGAACAAAGUCCUGCCUCAUCUACAAGCGACGGCUUAAACGCGGCGAAACCGAGUAGCAAUGCAACUACGACGUCGGACACCAGACGCAGGAAGCGCAAAGUCUCCUUCGCCCCGGAUGUCUUCAGUAAGCCGAGGGAACAGAGAACCGGCUAUGCUUUCCCAACUCCGUUGGAUCCUUCGAGCGUAAUAUCCGCCGGCGAGGAUCGAGACUACUGCUCCCAGACUUCAUACGACACACUCUCGAGCAUCUUCCGAACCCUGUGUGGGGAAAAUGCGUUGCCUGAUACCUUUGAAAGGAGCGAAUUUCCAAGCAUCUACACCCUCAAUGCCUGUAUCGCCCUAUAUUUUUCCCAUUUCCAUCACACCCACCCUCUUGUGCAUCGAGCAUCUUUUGGGCUUCAGACACAUUGGAUUGUGGUCCUGGCGGUGGCUGCUAUAGGCAGUACCUUCUCGAAGGGGCCUCAAGCUCUCGAGAUUCGGGAAGCUUAUCAGGAAUUCCUACGCCGUGCUGUACAACUGUAUGCAGAUGGCGCCCCAGACGUGUCCCUGGAUAUUCCACUGGCACAAGCCAGACUGCUGAACCUGAUCGGGCUUGUGCAGUCGGACCGCGAUCAACUACGAUCGAUGGCGCCGCGGUACCAUGCAGAUCUCUCGCGCUGGUGUCUAGAGUCUGGUAUACUUCAACUUCCGGAAUCCGGGGAUUUACCAGAGGCCGACAUGCACGGCAGCAAGGACAACCGCCUGCAAUCGUGGCAGAACUGGAUCAGGGCAGAGUCGUUACGCCGCAUCGGCUACAUGGCAUGGAUGCUGGACUGUUGCCUUGGGUACAUGGCCAAUGCUCGGCCGUUAUGCAACCUGGACGAUGCGCGGACACCACUGCCGUGUGCCGAAUGUGCCUGGGAUGCAGCCUCGCCCGAAGCCUGGGCGCAGGAAGCACGGGGACUGCCCAAGACGCCGUCGUUAUGUGCGGCGCUGGAGACGCUGUACAACAAAAAGAAAGUCGACCCCACGUACAGUGAGCUGUCGCAGACCUUGUUGAUACAUGCUCUCUACCUACGCACCUGGGAGGUCGGCACCCACAUCAAACAGCCACUCAGCGAAUGGGUUCCGACCGGCAAGGCUCGAGGGUUCCUGAAUACUCCGUCUAAAGAUAACUUCUGGCUUCCCCUGUACCCGCUGUAUGCGAACUGGCGAAACAGCGCCUGUGAUUGUCUCGAUGUGCUGCAAUGGCAGGCCUCCAGCGUCGUGGCCAAAGCCUCGGGGGCGGAACACCCGGUCGUCCUCCACCUCCACCUGGCCCGCAUCAUUCUUCUCACGCCAUUCCAGGAGAUACAAGACCUGCUGUUUUCGCUGAUCGGCAAGGUGGACAAUUCCUCGACAGCGUCCUUUUACGUGCACGACGGCAGCUACCAACCACGAAACAGCGCCAAAUUGCCCCAGAUCCGCAAGAUUACCUGGCGCUGGCUACGAGAGGACCAACAUAAGGCCCGACUAGCCAUGGUUCAUGCAGGCUCGGUAUUCUGGUACGUCCGGCGAUAUUCCGCCACCAGCUUCUUCGAGCCUGUCGCCGUAUACCUUGCUUCUCUCGUGCUCUGGACUUAUGGCUCCUACAAGUCUGCCGCUUUGGAACGUGACGCUGCGGCUGCGAAUCACCGACCCGAGGGGGGGCCAAGUGGACCUGAUGCCGGUGCUGCCAUCCAGCCUUCUCGCAUCGAGAGAAAGCAACAUCCGGUCAGAUCCACCAACAAGGCCGCCGCGGCUCGGCCAGAAAACAAUUCUGUUUCGAUGAUUUCACCCAAUCCAGCCUCGUCAGCAUCGCACGCCACAAUAGCGUCCGCAGGUGUUCAAGCUACAGCAGCCAUCAGAUCUGUAGGCGAAGGGCCCCCCUCGCCCUCUUCUCCCCCCCAAAGCUCGGAUUCUGAUGGCGACGAAGGAAGCUCUUCUUCCGACGAACAGCCGGAAUUCAUCCACCUGGACCGUCCGUGCGAUGACGAGAUGAUCCAACACUUUGUGCGCAACGGCCACAACAUGUCGGGACACAUGAGCAAUGUGGGCGACAUCUGCAAGACGCCACAGAAGGUUCUGCUCGAGGGGGCUAAAUUGUUACGAACCAGGCUGGCAUGUUGGGGGGUGAGUCGAGAAUACCAUGACAUUUUGACCAGGCUGGCGGAACUCCGAAAGGCUGGAUGA